AUGAAUGGAACUCUUCCAGGGAAAUGCGAAAAUGAAAACGUGCAAGGUAAAAAUGGCCGUAUUUUAGCUACAGGACAUUACUGUAUGGAGGAAGAUCACAUACAACCAUGGUUAGAAGGAACUGAUGGAAGCAGAAUAGGAAGAGCGCAGCAAAAUGUAAAAUAUGAAUAUGGCGUAACAGAAGUAAAAAUAAAGGAUGCACAAAUGAAUGGAAAAAGAACUAGCCGCAUUUUGAAGGAAUCCACUGACGAUGCGCAAAACGUUGGAGACAACAAUGACAUAGGGGAAGAAGCAAAUGGAGAACAUAAAACGGACAGUAAAACGGAUAACGGGAGGAAUGUAAACAAUUUGGUUAUGUUAGAUUAUGGUAUGUCUGGCAGUGGGCAUCCAUCUGAGACCCUUGAUAAUGUUCCUGGAUUAGUGACUGAACAUGAGGGAAAAUCCCUUAGAAAUUCCUCGGAAGGUGGUGGGCAUCCUUACGAUAUGGGUCAGACGAAAACAAUGUCUAGUGGUGUUAUGAAUGAUGCUUUUUUCCAGAAGAAUGUUAUGAGGAAGUGUAAUGAUAAGAGAAGACGCGGGGUAAGGGAUUGGGACUGUCCUCCUAGAAGAGAUGUUUGUAUACCAGAUCGAAGAUAUCAAUUAUGUAUGAUGGAAAUUACGAAUUUGAUAGAUAAUACAAACACACAUUUCCAUAAUGAUAUAGCAUUUCGGAAAUUAUAUUUGGAAAAGAAACUUAUUUAUGAUGUUGGAGCAGAGGGUGAUUUAUUAUUAAAGAAGAAUAACAACGUAUAUAACCAAGACUUAUGUAACGAUGUCAGAUGGAGUUUGGAAGAUUUUGGAGAUAUAAUUAUGGGAACUGAUAUGGAAUCCAUUGGAUUUUCCAGAGUAGUGGAAAAAAAUUUGAGCAGCAUCUUUGGAACUGAUGCAGAUGCCAAAGUUCAUCGUAAGGAAUGGUGGGAUAAACAUAAAAAAGAGAUUUGGAAAGCAAUGAUGUCCACAGUUAGAAAAAAAUUAUGGUGGUAUUCUUCAUGGUCUUGUAAUGAAAAUGUUCAGCUAAAUGUAGAACCGCAGAUAUAUAGAUGGAUUCGAGAAUGGGGAAGGGAUUAUAGGUCAGAAUUAUCCAUUGAAGUGAGAAAACUGAGAGAGAAAUGUGAUAAGAGAUUCUACUAUGUUGCUAAAAACGUAUGUAUGGCAUUUCCAUGUAACAAUACAUGUACAUUAUAUGAAGAAUGGAUAACGAGAAAAAAAAAACAAUGGAAUAUUCUGUCAAAUAAAUUCUUAAGUGUAAAGGAGGCACAAAACAUCCAGAGAGCAGGUAUCGUAACUGCAUAUGAUAUACUAAAGCAGGAGAUAAAUAACUUUAAAGAGGAGGAUUUUGAGAAUGAAAUUAACAAUCGUGAUAAGGUAUAUAUUGAUUUUUGUAUUUGUGGCGAUAGGAAGGUAAAAACAAAUACCCAGGAAAUCGUGAAGAAUGUAGAGAGUGCUCCUAACUUGGGGGCACAAAAUUUGGAGUCCACUGUUCAAUCUGUAAAUAAUAGUAGGGGGGAACAGGCUCGAGGGGAUUCUGCGCACGUAAGUGUUAAUACUGGCAAAGAUAGUUCUACCGUAAGUACCGGUUCUGCCGCUGCUUCUGCCGGUGAAGGUAGUAAUGUUGGAGAGGAUGGUGUCUCCAGUGGGGGGGAAGGCGGUUCCGGUGUUCUGGGUGUUAGCGGUGAAGCUGGUGUUUCCGGCUCUGGUCCCUCUGCUCUCGCUGAAAAAGAUGGUAAAGUUGAUAAUGGCACUGGUACUGAACAUAGGAAAGAUGGUAAAGAAGCUGAUACGGAAAAAAAUACAGAAGGGAAAGAUACACAAGACACAGUUCAUAGCCCACAGGGGUCACUUAAUCAACAUACUAAUGAAGGAGCAAGUUCGGGACAAACUCAUACAGAGAAGGGCGCCGAAACAGCAGGAGCUGGUACACCCACUCCUGGACAAUCUGAUAUUGCUGAUCCUGCUAUUGGUGAUGUUCCUGGAUCUGGCAGUAACCCAAAUGAGGGUGCAACUCCGUUAACUGGAACUGAAAAUUUGGAAUCAAACGGAAGUGUACAUGAAACUACUAAUGAUAUAGCUCACAAUUUAGAAAAUACGAAUGGAGGUAGAGAAAGGGAUUUGAAGGAGCAUAAUUUUAACAAUGAUGACAUGCCGAAUGGUGUACCCAAUUCUGAUCAAACUGCACAUGUAGAUGGACAUCAUAGGAAUAGCAUCAUGGAAGAUGAAGCAGAAAGGGGAGUGCAUAUGAAUCAGGAUAAUUUUAAGGAAAAUCUAAAUAGGUACCACUUAAAUAGCCUUAACAAUUUGAGUAGUGGUAAAUUAGAUAUAAGGGAAUACAAGUACAGAAAUGUCAAUGCAGCACGAGAAAAAAUUAUCCGUAUGUCUAAAGCACGCAAGUGCAAUAAUAGUGCUUCCUUAAUGUACUGUAACUCUAUAGAAGACAAAAUGUGGUCGAGCACUUGUUCUAAAGAGGAAAGAAGAUAUUUAUGUUGUUCAAUAUCGGAUUUUUGCUUGAGCUACUUUGACGUCCAUUCUUAUGAUUACCAUGAUUGCAUGAAAAAGGAAUUUGAAGAUCCAUCAUAUCAUUGCUUUACAAAAGGGAGCUUUACAAGAAUGGCUUAUUUUGCCGGCGGGGGAGCGUUUCUGAUAUUGCUGUUAUUAGUUGCCUCAUGGAGUGUAGUCACGAAUGAUUCUGAAGAAGCUACAUUUAAUGAGUUUGAAGAAUACUGUGAUAAUAUUCACAGAACCCCCCUGGUGUCUAACGAUAUUGAACACAUGCAAACAUCAACCCCCAUGGAUUAUUCAUAA